CUCCAUUGUGAGUGGGAGCAAUGCUGAGCCUGAAGCACACAGGAAAAUUAAAAAUGGCUUCUCCAGGUUGUUGCUACAUUGAGAAAUGCCUGUCCUUGUCAUUUUUACUGCUUUUCACAUCUUUUGCUGAUGCUGCACCCUUUCAAUAUUACCAAGUGCCACAAGACCCCGAAUACAGAAUGAAAAGUAUCCAGCGCCUUCCCAGCCCAGAUAUGCUGAAGGCUCUGGAGUAUAUCGAGAACCUCAGGAAGCAAGCAAACAGACCAGAGAGUCUACCGGACUAUGUAUCCUACCAAGGGGCACCAUAUCUGUCAGAGCAGAAGGAUAUUAGUACACCAGGCAUUUCACCAGAGAAUGCAAAAAGUCUAGCUAUAGAUGAUGAAUCCGAAUGGAUGAGAGUCAUGUUGGAAGCCUUGAUGCAGGCAGAAAAAGAGGCAAAAUAUUUGCCCAAAGAAAAAAAUAAACCACUUAGUGGAAACAUGGAGAAGAACAUCCCUGCUGAUCUAAUUGAAGAUUAUGAGUCAAGCAAGUGGCCUGAGAAAAGGCCCAAAAUUAGCAACAUUCCAUCUAGGUACUAUGAUGAUUAUUCUAGGGACAGCCCUUUUAAACGCACCAGUGAAAUUGUGGAAGGUCAAUACACCCCUCAAAAUCUAGCUACACUGCAGUCGGUCUUCCAGGAACUAGGAAAAUUAAAAGGCCAGGCAAAUCCCAAAAGAGAAAGAUUAGAAGAUGAUCAGAAGCUGUAUAAAGAUGAUGAGGAUGACAUGUAUAAAGCCAACAAUAUUGCAUAUGAAGAUGUUGCUGGAGGGGAAGACUGGAACCCUAUAGAAGAGAAGGUUGAAAGUCAAACUCAAGAGGAAAUUAAAGAGAGUAAGGAGGAGGUAGAGAAGACAGAUGAUAUAGAAGAUGAAAUGAAGAGGUCAGGACUACUUGGAAUGCAAGAUGAAGGCACUGAAAAAAAUGACAAGGAGCAAGAAUCUGGGAACCUAUCCAACCUGAUGGGUUAUUACUUAAGAAUGUGGAUGAACAGAAUGGAAAAAGGGAAACAGAUCACAGAAAAGCGUUCACCCAAAUAUAUAGGGAAAGACCUGGACCCUGAAUCAAUAUACCAGUUGAUAGAUAUAUCCAGAAACUUGCAAAUUCCCCCUGAAGAUCUUAUUGACAUGCUGCGAGACGAUGAUGGGAAGAAAAAUGGAGGAAGGCUGGAGCCUGAUAAAGAUGUUGAAGUACCCGAAGAUCUUGAUGAGGUUUCAGAAACAACAGUGGAUAAGGUAGAUGUCUAUAAAAACAGACAAGGAUUUAUGAAGCAGCCUGCCAGUGCUCUGCUAUCUAAUGCCCCUGAAGACUUAACCAUGGAGGAUGUGAUGAACCUCAUGGGGGCAGAUAAGCUGCCCAGUCAGAAACCUGCCUUUCUGAACCAGUUUAACCAAAACAAUGGCUUACAAAGACCCUAUUCUAUGCAAGGUAAAUCUAAGGGGCACAAACCGGCUUGGUUAAAUGAUUUUGAAAAGAGGCAAAUGGAAUAUGAUCCAAGAUCAGACAAAGAAGAUGAUUUGGCCGAGUAUGUUGUUAAGAUGUUAGCCAAAUACCCUGAGCUGUUAAAUAACAACCAGAACAGGAAAGUAGGAGGUGUAUAUACACCAGGUGACAUCCAGGAACUUGAAAAGCAGUAUGAAAAGGCUUUGAGAGGUUAUUUGAACACAAGAGGAUUUCAGGAUUAUGAGACACUGACCAAAGGUAACAGAAGACUUCCUAUGCCCAGGGAGGGUGAUGACACACAGGCUAAACUGUACGCAGAUGAGGACAUGCUCAUGAAGGUGUUGGAGUACUUAAACCAAGAGAAAGCAGACAAAGCUAGAGAUCAAAGUGUUAAGAGAUCACUGGAAAAUAUGUAAUGUGUUUGUGACACCCAACCCUCUUUGGUUCUAUUUAUUUUCCUUUUGAUUUCUUUUCCUCAGGUGGAUAAAGAUGAGGUCCCUCUUCCACUGCUGAGGAUGGUCUCUCGAUGUCACAGUUUAGAAAAUGAUUUUAUUUUAUUGUUUUUUUUUGUCAGUUGCCAUAGUAAUAUUGAUUUAUCCAUUGAACAUUGCCUGUAUCAUUUGUAGAAAUUCCCUGAGGUGGGGAGGGAAGGUUUCUUUCAGGUUGGGACGAAAUUGCUUGAGUGUCUGAGGCUUUAAAAUUUACAGAACAUGCUUUGUUUUCCAGUCUCUUGUAGUUUGUUUAGCAUGAGAUCAUGAUCUGAGAAGCUGCCACUUACUGAAGGAGAGUGACCACUGUGUAGUUUAUAUUGGAAUGCAAUGCUUUGUCAAAAUGGAAUACAUCUGUAUCGUUCUUAUGCAAAGAUACUAAAUUGCUGGCCUCUACAUUAGACUUGUGCUUAUUCUAGGCCUUGCUGUGUGUCCUGCUUUUAUUGGCACAGGCAUGUUGAUAUCUAGAUUUCUCCUUUAUUUUAAUGGGAUAUUUGGGGUAGCCUGGUGUUUGUUUUAUAUUUAUUCUGUUGGGCAUCAACUGUGCUCAUAUUCAUGUGACAACGUCGGCAUUCCAUUGGCCAUUUCUAGGGUUACAUUUUCUCUUAUAAAUCAUUUACUUUAACUGAACCAAAAAAGGCAAUGCUUGGCAAAAUGUGAGUACAGCAGCUGCAUCGUAGCAAGGACACUGCCACAAAAACCUGCUACAGAGGAGGUCUAUGUUCCCUGCAGAACAACACAUAAUUAGGGCCCCAAUCAGUUUGGAGAGAUAAACUUGACUUAUUUGGUUUAUCACAUAAAAACUCUAUUAAGGUCUAUUGGAAAAUCUGGAAAUUAAUUAAGUGAAAACUUUUUGUUCUCAGUUUGACACUGGGCCUUAGUCAGACAACUCAGGGGCGACUCCAGUGCAAGGGGAUUGCUCUUUAAUAGGAAGAACAUACUUCAUAGUUAAUAGUUAAUAGGACAUUUUCUAUAUUGAAAUAUGAAAACAAUCACUUACAUAAUACUAACAUUUCAUAUGAAAUAUCUUGAUAAAGUUAUCAAAUUUCCUUACUUCCAUCUUAAAAUACUUGAAAUACAGAACCACCAUAGGACUGGUAUACUGUAUGUAUUAUAGAAUGCCUUAUUUAUAGGAACCUGUGAGUUACACAAAUAUAAAAGGUGAGAAAAUAGCUAAUACUCAACUUACUCCAGUAAGGAGGGGUAUGUACCUUGGUGGGGUCCAAAUGAGAAUUUAUGUUAUUGUACAUGUCCAUUCUUGCAAUCAGCCUACAUUGCUGGCAUUGUUAUGUUGGUCGGCAGUUAAGUUAAAACCCUUGCAGAUGGCAGUAGUAAUAUGUACUUGUAUGUAGUCAUAUUUAAUAUCCAACAGUUAAAACAGUAAUUCCCAGUUGUGAUAUACUAGAAAGAAUAUCUUGAGUUGUAUCCAGUACCUAGGUUCCUGUAGCAGAUUUCCUUUGCCCUCCAUGCUUCCUUAACAAAUGCAUCAUUUCUGCCUAGGGCUGUUUAGUUGUUUUUACACAUAUCUACCAUACUGCCGGCCUUGCCUGAUGUCACAUUCGAAUUCAUGUGUUUAAUAAAGCGUUUGGGAUAUGACGAGACUCUGCAUUCUAUAGACUACACAUUUCCUACUGCCACUGCCUGACAGGUUUCACCUUUGAGAUUCCGCUCACUGGCGUUUUUUUUUACUCAUAGAAGCUAUUUUGUUACUGUUUGUUGUGUAUCGUGUGGUACUGUAAAAAAAAAAAAAACCUAAGAAAAAUAAAGCAUUCUGUAUA